AAUGUAUUUUACUCAUUCCAAGCAAUGCAUUGACCAUCUUAACAAUCUCUCUCUCUCUCUAAAACACACACAUACAAAUGCAGGCAUUCCCAAGAUGCUGAGGAACGCUUGCGCGCAGGUUCACUCUUCUUGACGCACACGCGCACACACGCGCAUACACACACACACACACACUCUGGUGUGCAGGCGGUGCUGAGCAGAGCCGUGUAGAGCAGCUGGAGAGAAGCCAUCUCACAAGAGGACAGAGAGUGAGAGACAGAGACAGAUAGAGAGACAGAGAGAGAGAGAGAGAGAGAGAGAGGAGGACAGCACACUGAGAAAAAAGCAUCCAAGAUAGCGAGAGAGAGACAAAGGAAAGGCAGGAACGGGAGAAGAUAAGGAGUGAACAGGAAGCGUGGACCACUCUCGGUGUGCAGACCUAAAGGACCAGGAGGGAGGAGGCUGGUGUCUUUCUCAUCGGCGGCGGAGCACGGACUCGGCAUUAUGGGAAAUGCACCAUCCCAAGCUAACACCGGGACCUACUUUCCCAAGCAAGACCCGGAGCGCGGUGGCGGUCACAUGAUCUCCACGGAUGACCUGGAGUACCCACGCGAGUACCGGAGCCUGGGCAAUGGCGCGCGCCGCUUCUCCAACGUGGGCCUCGUGCACACAUCUGAGCACCGGCACACGGUGAUGGCCGCUCAGAGCCUCGAGGCACUCAGCAACCUGCACAAAGCCGAGCUGGAGCGCAAACGUGACGCCUUCAUGGACCACCUGAAGAACAAGUAUCCACCUCAGCACUCACUCCCUCCAUCACCGUCUCCAUCCCACGGGAGCAUGAGGGGAAGCUCAGAGAGGAGCGCACGUGAACAGCAACAGCCAAACUACUGGAGUUUUAAGAGCCGUAGUCCACGCCAUUCGCAGUCCACUCAGUCUGGUUUGGCCGAUCAGGCAUCCAAGCUGUCCUACGCCUCAGCUGAGUCUCUGGAGACCAUGUCUGAGGCCGACAUGCCGCUUGGCUUCAAUCGGAUGAACCGCUUUCGCCAGAGCCUUCCGCUGUCUCGUUCUGCCAGCCAGAACAAACUGCGCUCUCCAGGAGUGCUGUUCCUGCAGUUUGGUGAUGAGACGAGGCGCGUCCACAUCACCCAUGAAUUGAGCAGUAUGGAGACUCUACACGCACUCAUUGUGCACAUGUUCCCCCAGAAGCUAACAGCAAGCAUGCUCAAGUCCCCCAACACAGCCAUCCUGAUCAAGGAUGAGGCACGCAAUGUGUUCUACGAGCUGGAGGACGUCCGGGACAUUCAGGACCGCAGCAUCAUUAAGAUCUACCGCAAGGAACCAGUCUAUGGUUCCUAUACGGCAGCUGCACACUUGGCCAAUGGAGACCUGCGGAGAGAGAUGGUGUAUGCUUCACGUGAGUCAUCACCCACUCGCCGUCUGAAUACACUGCCCUCCUCCGGCUCCUCCCCUUCCUCCGCCUCUCCCGCCCGUUCUCGUCUUUCCUACAGCGGCGGUCGUCCUCCUUCAUUCUCCGGCUCCCAGCAUGGACACCACGGACACCAUGGAUCUCCGGCUCACGGGCCAGCAGGGGGCAUGACCGCAUCACCAUCAGCCAUCCUCGAGCGCCGAGACGUCAAACCUGAUGAGGAAGUCGCCGCCAAGAAUGCGCUCCUGAAGAACGAGAGCCUCUAUGCAGACCCGUACAGCCUGGUGCCUGAUGGGCAUCGUUUAAGCAUCGCGUCCAUGGGCGAACCGCUGGGCAUGCCAGGGCCGGCUGGGCUCUACCGUCGCGGCUCUGUGCGCUCUCUGAGCACGUAUUCAGCCGUGGCACUGCAGGGCGACCUGGAUGACCAGCUCUAUAAGCCGGGCGCUCCGCUCUACCCUGACACCUACUCCGCUUUGGGCACAGGCUUCAGGCUGUCGUCUUCAUCCUCUCCUCAGAAGAUGUCCGACUCGUACUCGGGGACGCUGAGCCGCGGCUCGCCUGUCAGGCAGAGCUUCAGGAAGGACUCGUCCUCGUCUGUGUUUGUUGACAGCCCUAAAUCUAGACCGAGCUCGAGUUCAGAGCCACUGGGCGGCGAGACGGGGAGGGUGAUUUCCAGCUUCGGGAAUGAGACUGACACGCGCAGGGAUCGUAUGGAGGCAAUGGAGAAGCAGAUAGCGAGUCUCACAGGCUUGGUGCAGAGCGUCCUCACUAGAGCACCGGACAGUGACAGCACAUGCGGCCUGCUGCGGCUCUGCAUGAUGGCGGGCUGCCCUCGGGACCCAGGGACCGACUUCUCACGGCCCUUCCCUUUCUCUUCCAGCGAGAAGACGGAGUCCACCAGCGACGGCUCGGCCACAGGAACUGGCCGGCUGAAGAGGAAAGGUAGCGCCGUCUCUGCUCUCCCGUCUCUGACCCCGUCGGCCCCGCUGGCCCUGAUGCCUCCUCCGCCCGCAAGCCCACACACCUCCACCGUGUCCAAACUCCAGAUGCAGCUCCACCUACAUGAGCUCAAGCAGAACGCCACUGACCUGCGCAAGCAGCUCGCCCAGCUCCGCAAGAUGCAGCUGCAGAAUCAGGAAUCAGUGCGCUCUCUGGUGAAGCGGACGGAGGCGGAGCUGAGUGUGCGAGUGUGUGACGCUCUGAGGAAGCAGGAGGAUCCUCUCCAGAGACAGCGCCUCCUGGUGGAAGAGGAGAGACUCAAAUACCUCAACGAGGAGGAGCUCAUCAUCCAGCAGCUGCAUGAUUUGGAGAAGUCGGUGGAGGAGAUCCAGAAGGAGAGCUCAGUGAACCACAGACACAUCACAGUGCAGGAGCUGGAGGAGAAGAGCACGGUGCUGAGGAGACUGGGAGAGACCCUCACUGAGCUCAAGAAUCAGUUCCCUGGGCUGCAGAGUAAAAUGCGUGUGGUGUUGAGGGUGGAGGUGGAGGCUGUAAAGUUCCUGAAGGAGGAGCCACACAGACUGGAUGCUCUGCUCAAACGCUGCAAAACCAUCACUGAUACCCUCACCAUGCUCAAGAGGCAGGUGAACGAGGGCGUGAGGAAGAACAUGGAGGAGUACUGCAACCCCUCACCCAAACACACCACCGGAGACGACUACAGGAAGAACACUGACUUUGACAUUCCCACCAGCCCACCGCUCAACCUCAACGAGACCAGCCUGGCUAACUGGAGCCCUCACGGCCACGCCCAUCCCCACGGCAACCCGUCACCUGGGCAGCUGAAGGGGCGGGGUCUGGAGGAGCUGGGGGGUCGGGGAGGGGCUGAUAAGGCCUCCUCUGUGGAAGUCAGACUGGCAGCUGAAAGGGACUGGGAGGAGAAGCGAGCCAGUCUAACCCAAUACAGCGCUCAGGACAUUAACCGACUUCUGGAGGAAACCCAGGCCGAGCUCAUGAAGGCAAUCCCAGAUCUGGACUUUGCUGCUAAACAGAUCAAACCAGUGCAGAACCAACACCAGAACCAACACCAGAACCAACACCAGAACCAACACCAGAACCAACACCAGAACCAACACCUGAACCAGAACCAGUGUGAGUCUCUGUCUAGCACCAACGCCACACCUGAGCACAAACCCAACAAACCUCAGCAUCCCACACACAAGGUCUCCAGUAAGGAAGGCGGCUCCAGGCGGGGAUCGGAUGAGCUCACGGUGGCGAGGUAUCGCACGGAGAAGCCGUCCAAAUCGCCCCCACCUCCGCCUCCCCGAAGGAGCUUCCCCACCUCACCAGGCCUCACCACACGCAGCGGAGAGGUGAUCGCCUCCCCCAAGAGCAUGAAGAAAUCAGAAUCAGAGGAAACAGAGAUUCAGAAACCCCACGUGAAGUUGAGGAGGAGUGUCUCUGAAGCUCCCCGGCCUGCCUCCACACCCCCGACAGUGGCAGGAGGAGAGAGAGAGGAUGGAGAAGUCGAGCACACUGCUGCAGAACUGGAGUUCAUGUUGUUGCAGGGAAGUCUUCACCAACCAAAACCUGGCACACAGGCUCUGGACAAGAGUUCCUCUUCGUUCGUCCCUCAGAUUGUCCUGACUGAAUGUCCUAAUUCAUCGUCAGAGAUCUCCAUGAAAGGAACCACGACGCAGGUUUCCAACUCGGCACAACAGGACAGGAGCACAGGAAGUCUUAGCUACAGCAGCUACAUUGUCAAAAGUCCUCGUCUGUGGGUGUGGAAACAGGAGCCAUCAACCAAUCAAACACAAUCUCAGAGACCGGAUUUGAACAGGACAGUAAAGGAGCUCCAGAAAGGCAUGAUUACUGAAUCACCUUCACCUUCAUCUUCAUCUUUAACAGCAAAGAAACCAGUGAGAUUAGUGAAAACAGAGCUGAGGAUUCAGGAAUCGUUUGAGAUCGAUGAUGAUGGAGAACAAGAUCAAUCCCGGAUCCAGGAGCGCAAAGAGGACAUUAGACACAGCACCUAUCGGCGCCUGGACAAUCUGGAGGAGACCAUCCGCGAGCUGGAGCUCAGCCUGCUUGAUUUUGGGACUCAGGCCAUCCCAACCUGGCCUCAAAGUAUUCCAGACAUGGAUUCCAGGAUAUCCACCAGCACUGCUCCUCCAUCUGAAUCCACAAUAAAGAGCUCAGGAAAAGGAGAGAUCCAGAGACCUCCUAUUCCGCCGAAACCCUCCAUAAAUACAGAUGCAGCCAAGAGUGGUGAUGGAAAGGCGAUAUCUCGUCUAAAGCACCUCCAGCAGAGCGGCUUGGACAAGAGCAAAGUGGGCAAACAGAGAGAAGACUUCCUCAAGAGCCAGGGACAACAGCAGUGAGAAGAAACUCAACUUCACAUGACCUGACCCCACCUCCCUCUCCUCUUCUUCCUCUUCAUCAUCCUCCUUGGAGUCUCCUCGGCCUUGUGUACACAUCUCUUAGUCUCCCAUUCCUAGAUGUAUGUGAGAAAAAUAGGAUCCCCAACCAAAACCCUAACCAGGCCUUCCAUGAGCAUGUGGGGCCGAUUGCUUAAAAUGGAUGACCAAGAAAGACUUCCCCAAUCAAACUUAUUCACUUAUCCACAUGGUAUACAUCCUCCUCACUUUCUUCUUUCUGUCUUCUCUGCUUGGCACUUUCCCACCUUGCUGCCCCUAGAGGGAGUUGUUUCUGAUCCCCAGCACCCGGGCUGCUAGCUUCUCUGGCCGUCUACCCUCUGGGCUUUGUAAUAACCAUCAGGAGGAUCUGUUCGCCUCCUCUGGCCAGACCAAAGCCCUCCUGGCCACCCUCUCAACCGAGGCCCUGCUGCUUGCCACCACCCUCAGGCAUCGUCGGCUCCUCCGAGAACAGAGCACCAACUCUUCAAAACCUCCCCACUCCAACAGCCACUCUUCAUCCUCUUCAAGCUCCUCUUCCUCAGCCUCAACCCCCUCUCCUGUGUCCGCCGGCUCAUCUCAUGACCCAAACCUCUUGAUUGGCAAUGGUGCAACAAACAAGAAGUAAGGAAAAGAUGUUGUGCCCCAGAUUGUUCCAGCUACAAACACUGAGUGAAGUACUGGGACAAGGAAGAACCUCCAUGCAAAAGGAUAUCCACAUCAAGGUGAAAGAACAACAGAAACACCUUGAAUUUAUAGAAUUUAAAAAGUUAUUAGUCAUGUAGAAUCUCCUCCUCCAUCUUGGCUAAAUGCUUGAGGAAUGAUGCAGGCUACAGCCCACACACACACUGCCUACCAUCUCUCAUUCAUUAUGGGUUUAUUCUUCUCCCAUCUGGAUCGUCCAGAACCCAGAAAGUACUGCCAGUUUCCCUCAAGAAGCCCACAGAUGGGUUUGGAUCCCCUCCAUGUUCUAGCCUGGCUCACCAUCAUGUCAGUGGGCCAGCCAAAUAUUACCCACAUGAGGCCAGAGAAAGGACUCUCUACCCCAAACACAGUCAUCCACCUGCCAAAUAUCACCUUUUCACAGACCUAGUGGUGUCUGGUAGAUUUUUAUCAAGUGUAAUUAGCUAGACUGUGAACAUGUGUGAUUGAAGGUAGAGUUGCAAUAAUCCAAAAGUGAGUACAGUAGUAGUCAAUGUGUGUUCAGAUUUUUAUCAUCGUAAUAUUUAAAAUGGCAGAAUUUGAGAAAAACAACAAAACAAAACUGUAUAAUCAACCUUUUUAUUUCUGGGAUGGUUUCUCUGGGUAAUAACAGAACAGAUAACAUACCGCACUCAGAACGAUGAUGACACCUGAUGAGGUACUUUUAGGGGGUAUGUCUUUUUUAACUUUAGUUGCAGAAAGAUAAUUGUAGAUGAACAUUAUUAAAAUACUUAAUUAUACCUUAAGGACCGCUGCUCUAACUUUGAAACUACAUUUGCAUUAAUGGUAGCUUGACAUUAAUGGUGAAGACAAGUAUCUGAAACUGGUGCUAUCAUCUUUUUUAAACGGGUGGGAAUUCCAGUAUGUAAAAGGAAAAGAGUCUUUGAUUCAAAUUGUCAUUUUCCAUAUUUCUUCAAACUUGACACAAAGUUACAAGUGCGACAGAUGGAUUGUGGGACGUAGGAGGACAUUCGCUGGUUACAGACUUAGAAUCCAGUAAGGAGGUUGAGAAAGUUGCAGUUGGCUAAAUUAGAGAGCCUAAGGAGAGCUGUCCGAAUGUCCAAAGGUUAUUUAAGGCACAUUACUGCAUGAUGGAGGUGUAGAUGCUCCAUGAAAGCACAACCAGCCAUGUGUAAAGAGACUGAAAGGAAGGACCUUCCCAAACAUUCAUUUUUUUCAAAGCAUAAAGUACAGUGAUUGUAUCUGACAAUCAGCACAAGAUUGGCACACUUUGUUUAACCCUUGGGCACUGCCACAAUGCACAAUGUGAAGCUCUGUUUGAUAAAACAAUGUAGAAAAGCAGAUGGAUUCAUCCAAGUGAGGAUUGGUGUAGCGUUUGGAGAACUUUCCAACUAUACAACUAUAGGGGACAAUUAUAGAUCUUUCUAAGUCACCAGAAAUAUAAAAUGCCAGAAGUGAAGCUCAUGUUCAGGCACUUUCUUCUGAGUUGGGUCAAAAUCAGACCACCUUGGUAGAAGCACUCAAAAAAUUAGACCAGUCAGUCCAUUAGGACAAAUUUCAGUUGCUCUUAAUCACAUAAAUCAGUCACUCAUUCAUCCAAGAGAGGAUUGGUGUAGUGUUUGGAGAACUUGCCUGUUGAAUGGGGGGCAACUGUAGAUAGUUCUAUUAAGCCAGAAACCUAAAGGUCUCAAAGAGUAGCUCGUGUUCAGGAGCUUUUUCCAAAGGAGGGUCAUAACAGACCGCUUUGGUAGAAGUAAUCAAAAGGUUGAACUGUUCAUUCCAUUAGGACAACUUUUAGCUGCUCUUAAUCUCAUCACUCAGUAACUCAUAAGCUCCUUAACUUGCCAGUGGCAACAGCAAAUGUGUCAUAGACACGGUUUUUGGUCUUGCUUUCAGAGAAAUUCCUAGAAAAAGGAGAGUAUUAAGAGAAUACGGAUUUUCUUUCUAGCUGUUUGACAGAACAAGUGUUGGAAAUGGAUUUGUCUCGGCGCAAAGAUGAAAACAAUGGCCUGAGAGCAGGGCCCGCGAGAGCAGCAGGCAGCCGGAGUAGAGAUUAGCACACGUGCUUGCGUUUUUUUAUGGAGAAUUUGGUGCAAAACGUCAGCUUUGGAAGGAUUUCUGUUCCACAAGGGAAAUCAACUUAAUUACAGGAAACAAAUCUGGCUCUUCUGGCUUCAGCUCAGCCUGGCAGUAGGCGAAUGCCUUUGCCAUUUCUUGGGGAAAGAAAAGAGAAACAAAGCUCUGCUCUCUGCAGCGGAUUUGUCUUACUGUGUGCAGCUUUUUCUUGAGAGAGCUCUCUUGAUUUGUGGCCUUUAGAGAGGCUGACAGGACGAGUUGAAUGAAUUGCUUGAUUGGCAGGUGGCCUUUAUGUCAUCUUUAAAGGCACUGGAUGAUUUUGCUUCUUGGCUGCCGUUCAUUUUUUGACAGGUUUCGAACAAAAAAAAUGCCAAAGAUAUCCGCCUGCAGAUGGAAAUGUGAACAGCUGGAGAGAAACUAGGUUAAUUUUUUGGUUUUUGCAUUGAAUUUGUAUGCUUUUAGUUUAUUAGGUUUGUAUGAAGCACCACUGACAUUCUCUAAAAAGGAAAGAGGCAAAAAGCAGCCCAAAAUCAACAAAGUAAAAGCGUAAAACUGUCGAAUCCUUAAUCAGAAUGUUCACAGCACAAGAAUUAUGAAAAUGGCACCAGCGCGGCUUGGAAGAAUACAGGCCUCAAGCUAAUUCAGUUCAUUUCUGUAGUACUGAUCACAGUCCGAUCCCCAAAACCUCAUAAUUCAGAGUGCUAUGCUUGCAGCUUGGCUACUUCUAGAAGUGUAGCCCUGACCAUAACAUCUGUCCCCUCCACACACACUUUCUCUAUCCAUGGAUUACACAGUAGGGCUAAUGGAGGUGUUAGCAUCCUUAAACCAUGGAGAGCUGAAGGAAGUCCCAAAGUUCUAGACAAUGAAUAAACCAUGUUGAAAAAAAAAAAUCACAAUUUGCAUUAUAAUAUCUGUGAUUAGCUUUAGUUUUAGUUCAUAAUGAAUGUAAUAUGUAUCAUAUUGGGGUUUUUUUUGGCAUAGAUUGGUAAUAUGAUUGUCCCUAAACAAAACAAAUGAUGCAAACCUUUAUCAUCUCUUUUGUUUUAUAUUAACUGAAAUUGCUUUGUACAGCUUUUUUUUCCUUUGCUUUUUUAUAUAUAUAAUUACAACUUUCACAUCACAUUACCUUUAUUUAUUCAUGAGAAAAACAUUUUAUAUAUUGAGUUGAAAAUAUUGACCUAAAUGUACAGUAUGAAUUCUAUGUAAUAUAGAGUUGCUAUCAUUUUAGAUUGUGCAAUUAGCAGUUUUGUUAAUACGGAUUUUAUAUUAGUUUCUUGUGUGUGAAAAUGUUGGGAAAAUGUUGGGUGAAUCCGAGACCAACCCGCCAAAAGAUGACAGAGUUAGUGUGACUGUUGAAACUGUGAGAUCGGGUCGAGCGCUCUCUCUGCACUUACUGUAACCCUGAACUGUAAUGAGUUUUGAGCGAAACCUAAAAUUUAUGCGUUUUUUGGUAUUGAGGCACAAUUGCAAAACGCAAUGAAUUGCAUGUGUGUAUUAUUUGGUCGUGAAAGAGAAUUGGCUAACAGUUAUGUAUAGCUAAUGUACGAUUAUGUUCUUUAAGCUAACGAAGAGCACACUUGCAAUAGAAUUGAAAGCACAUGAAAAACAUAAUGAUGUGUAGAUUAUUUUAACUUAUUCUAACUUUAUCCCUUUUAGGAAGCUUUUACUUGACAUGUGGAUGUUUGGAAAUCUUGGCAUCAAACAAAUCUAGACUAAAAAUAGUCGAUAUUAUGUAAAUAUAAAGCAUCAUUCUUAGAGUUAUACAUAAAAAUGUUAUGUCCAGGAAACAAAAAAAAAAGUUUUAUUUAAAAAGAUGAAGUUCUAAGGUAUUUAUUAAAAUAAAUAGCAAUGCAUGUAUAUUAUAAAAGCAGUCGCACGGUGCCAUUGUUUAAAAAAAGAAAUAAAUAAAUAAAGUUGUCUACAUGUUUUAUCAAAAAAAGAGAGAGAGAGAGACUAUAGAAAGGCACAGAUGUAAAAAAAAAAUAAUAAUAAUAAAAAAGUUUAGCGUUAAAAGUAGGAAAAAGUGACUUUUUAUACUUCAGAUAUGUUCGUGGCAAAGGCAUGUCCAGUCUUACUGUAAUCUGUGGUGACGUGGUAACCAGAUUUGAUUGACAGUCGCCGAGUGUGUGUGUCACAGAAGGAUUCAGCCACCAAUCACGGCGAAGAGUCCGUAGCGUGACCCUCCCAUCUCUAGAGUAGUGCGAUAUAACCAACACCUCUACAAGAAAUAUAGAUCUCUAUAUAAAUAAUCUAUCAAUGUAUAAAUAUAGAUGCCUAUACUGAAGAAAAGAAGACACUAAUUUAUCGGUGUGGAUGCCAACGAUGAAUAACUUUGUGAGAAAUGUGAAACUUUACCCCCCCACUCCCCUCCCCUGCUGUACGAGGAAUUCAGAGAGCUGAAAUUAUUUUGUACAUACUUGCUGUGGUGGUGUGUCUAAUAAACUCCAGCUCUCUUCUACAACAA